AUGGCUCUCCGCACUUCAAAAACCCUGGUUGGAGAUGCUUUUGAGGGUCUGUGGUCCGUAGCCAUGAGGCCUCGUGACAAUGAUUACUGGGCAUUGUCUAACAAAGUGGACCCUGACGUACUCAAGGAAGUACAGAGACGUACAAGCAGUUGGAUGGAGGCAGCCUUGUCAAACUUGAAAGAGGCUAGCCGCUGGUAUGAGAAUCAAAACGUAUUUCUUCCUCGUAUCAAUCGUGCAUGGGAGUGGAACGCUCCUGAUGCCAACAUGAAUCUGUCAGGGCGUUAUGUGUAUCUCGUUGUCCACAGCUUAUCAGUCAACAUGGUAUCAUCGAUCAUUGGAGUGAAAGUGUGGCGAAAUAUCUGUGACGAGAUGAAGAGCAAGGUGUAA